GCAGUCUGGAACACUCUGCGAAGCGCUGCAUUUUUGAGGAGGCUGAGUCCUGACAGUGACACAUCAUGGCUUCCACCACAGCUGUUCAAGGCGCCUUUCAUGGCUGCAUAACAAGCAGAUUCAUGCCUGCAGGCUCCCUUUCUACUGCAGGAGCACGCCAGUCAGCCUUUUCUUUUGUACAAGCUGGCGGGAGAGAGGUCCAUAAUGCAGGGUGUGGUCGGCGCAGACGUUCACCCCCCCUCACCAACCAAUCAGUGCCGGGCACAGCAUUUCUCCAGCAUUGCAAGUUGCCCCCUUCUAGCAACUUUCUGGGGACUUCUGUAAACAUUCAAAAAAGGACGCCCAGAAUAUCACAGCGAAGGAGCUCAAUAAAAGCAGUUACAGCCACGGAAAGAGAGGUCGAAGCCGGUCAAACGAGCCGGUCAGAAGAGUUUGUGGCGGCCGUGGAAGGCGGCUCUGAGCUGAGCAGACAACUGCAGAGCGAGCUUCAGCAGAAGACCGACAAACUACAGCAGCUACAGACAGAGAUUGACAACCUUUACAACUGCACAUUUUCGAAUGUACAGCUUGAGCAGGGGGUAGAGAAAGAGGGCAGGAAAGAGGGAGAAGUCGUUGCUCAGGCUGGGUUUCUGCAGAACCUGUUCCAGAAACCCCAGGAGGUCAAACCGGAGGGGAGAGUUUUGGAAAAGGUUUCUGAGCAGACAUGGCGGGAAAUUGGUCGGAGCGAUCCAGCAUUGAUGAAGCAGCUGAUGGCUUCGGUGGACCGGCAGAAGUGGCAGGCGUUCCAACGGAACAUCCACCCUCUCCAGCUAACCAGGGACCGCAUCGCCAAGGAGGCAAAACGAUUGGAGGCACAAGUCCAGGAAGCUUUGAGCGCAUCCAGUGUUGUUCCAGAAGUGGACGUUGGUGGCGAGGAGGAGGAGAUAGUGCGCAACUUGGUGGAGGGGCGGGAGGCCAGGAUUGUGUUGAUCUCUGGGUUUGAGUCGUUCAACGUCGCGCUCUACAAGCAAGCGGCAGCGCAAGUGCGGGAGAGGUUCCCAGGGAUACGUGUGGAUGUCUUCAGUGACAGGGACAUCAACACAAAGAAGAAAGAGAUCGAAGCAGCCCUGGCAAAGGCAGACGUCUUCUUUGGAAGUCUGCUCUUCGACUACGAUCAGUGUGAGUGGCUCAAGGAGAAGGUCAGCAACAUCCCGGUGCGGCUCUGCUUCGAGUCCAGCCUCGAGCUCAUGUCUACCACGCAGAUUGGCAGCUUCACAAUGGCUGGCGGACAAAAGCGCGGCAUGCCCGCGCCGGUGAAGGCGGUGCUGAGCAAGUUCGGCGGCGGGCGCGAGGAGGACAAGAUGGUGGGGUACCUGAGCUUCCUCAAGAUCGGGCCCAAGCUGCUGCGCUUCCUUCCCGGCAAGAAAGUGCGCGACCUGCGCAACUGGCUCACCGUCUACGGCUACUGGAACCAGGGCGGGCUGGACAACGUGGUGAGCAUGCUGCUGUACCUCACGGACGAGUACCUGGUCAAGACCGGCCUCGCGCCCGUCACCCUCAAGGAGACGCCCGCGCUGGGGCUGUAUCACCCCGACUACGACGGUUACUUCGAGAGCACGUCCGCAUAUCUCUCGUGGCACCGCCGCACCAAUAAGACGCUGCCACCUGGCGCUCCCACGGUGGCCAUCUUAUUGUACCGCAAGCACGUGAUCACGAACCAGAAGUACAUUCCGCGGUUGAUCCGCGCCUUCGAAUCGGACGGCCUGCGGCCGCUGCCCAUCUUCAUCAACGGCGUGGAGGCGCACACGGUCGUGCGGGACCUGCUGACGACUAAGUAUGAGCAGGAUCGACGCAGCCGACGAAUUCUGGACAUUCCGUCGCUGAAGAAGGACGCAGCGUUUGUGGGUGCUGUGGUGAGCACGGUGGGCUUUCCGCUAGUGGGCGGGCCCGCAGGGACUAUGGAGGGGGGCCGCCAGGCGGAGAUUGCCAAGCAGAUCCUGAGCGCCAAGAACGUGCCGUACGUCGUCUCGGCACCGCUGCUUAUCCAGGACAUUCCCAGUUGGCUGCGCGAUGGCGUGCAGGGGUUGCAGAGCGUGGUGCUGUACAGCCUGCCCGAGCUGGACGGGGCCAUUGACGCCGUGCCGCUGGGGGGACUCGUCGGGGACGGCAUCCACCUGGUGCCGGAGCGAGUCCGCCGGCUGACUUCCCGCCUGAAGAAGUGGAUCUCCCUGCGCGCCAAGCCCGCGUCCGAGCGCAACGUGGCCAUCGUGCUCUACGGCUUUCCCCCGGGCGUCGGGGCCACAGGCACUGCGGCGCUGCUCAACGUGCCCCGGUCGCUGGAGGCGCUCCUCGGGCGGCUCAAACAAGAGGGCUAUGAUUUGGGGGAUGGUCCCGACGGCAUCAACGGCGAGCAGCUGAUUGAGGUGCUGAAGCAGUUGGACGAUGAGCGGGUGCUGAUGAAGGGCGAGGCGGGGGGAGACGAUGCGUUGGCAUAUGCGCGGACGCGAGUGGAGGGAAACGGAGGGCAGCUGCAAGCGACAACACCGCUGGUUAAGACCGUCGAUUACCGGACGCUCAAGCGAUGGAUCGGCGAGACGCUGACCGGCCGCAUGGAGCGCACGUGGGGCGAGCUGCACCGUUACCGCGGCAUCCGCAGCGACGCGACGGGCGCGAGCGUGGUGAGCGGGGUGCAGCUGGGGAACGUGUUCAUCGCGGUGCAGCCCCUGCUGGGCCUGGAGGGGGACCCCAUGCGCCUGCUCUUUGAACGGGACCUCACGCCGCACCCGCAGUACGCGGCCUUCUACAAGUGGCUCCAGAACGACAUGGCCGCUGACGCUGUUAUCCACUUCGGCAUGCACGGCACCGUCGAAUGGCUGCCGGGGUCGCCCCUGGGGAACACGGGCUCCUCGUGGUCGGACGUCCUACUGGGCGCCCUGCCCAACGUGUACAUAUACGCAGCCAACAACCCGUCGGAGUCGAUCGUGGCCAAGCGGCGCGGCUACGGGACCAUUGUGUCGUACAACGUGCCGCCAUACGGCCGGGCCGGCCUCUACAAAGAACUGGCGUCGCUCAGGGAGCUGCUGCAAGAGUACCGGGAGGAUCCCGUUGCCAACGCGUCGCUGCGCGGGUCCAUCGUGGGCGUCCUCUCCACGAGCGGCCUCGACUCGGACUGCCCCUUCCGAGAGGCCACGCCCGGCAGCGAGGCCGUAACGCUUGGGGAAGAUGACGUCAGCACCGUCAGCGACGCGGAGUUCGAUGCGUACGUCAGCCGGCUGUACGAGUACCUGUCGGUGGUGGAGAACCGGCUCUUCUCGGAGGGGCUGCACACGCUGGGGGAGCCACCCACUGUAGAUCAGAUGCAGCAGUAUCUUUCCGCUUACCUGGGGGACGACCUUCCGGAGCGGGCGGUCGAGGCCAUUGCAAGCACGCCGGGAGGUUUAGCCGAGGUGCGCGCGCGUUUGGAAGAGCUGUACCGGGAAGAGGGCGUGCCGGCGGUGCGCGAGGAGUACGAGCCCAAAGUGCGCGAGGCGCUGGAGGUGCGCGACCUGCUGAUGCGCAAUACCGAGGAAAUGGACUCCGUCGUCAAGGCGCUCAACGGCGAGUACAUUUUACCUGCCGUCGGCGGCGACCUCUUACGCGACGGCCCCGGGGUUCUUCCCACCGGGCGCAACAUCCACGCGUUGGACCCGUACCGAAUGCCCAGUGCGGCCGCCUGGGAAAGGGGAUCCGCCGUCGCCGCCAAUAUUUUGGAGCAGCACCGGGCGGAGCACGAAGGAGCGUAUCCCGAGACGGUGGCCGUCAUGCUGUGGGGGCUGGACGCGAUCAAGACGCGCGGGGAGAGCCUCGCGAUCGCGCUCGCGCUCGUGGGGGCCACGCCGGUGAAAGAGGGCACGGGCCGGAUCGUGCGGUUCAUGCUUGUCCCUCUCCCUUCGCUGGGGCGGCCGCGCAUCGACGUGCUGGCCAACCUGUCGGGCAUCUUCCGCGACAGUUUUGCCAACGUGGUGGAACUGCUGGACGACCUGUUCCGCCGGGCCGCGGAAGCGGACGAGCCGCCGGAAAUGAACUACGUGCGCAAACACGCACUCGAGCUGCAGUCCCAGGGCAUCGAGAAUAGUAGUGCGCGCAUCUUCUCAAACCCCGCGGGGGACUACGGAUCCAUGGUCAACGAGCGGGUGGGCACCUCCGACUGGAACGACGGCGCGGAGCUGGGCGACACGUGGCAGUCCAGGAACUCCUUCAGCUACGGCAGGGGCGAGCAGGGCGUGGCGCGGCCGGAGGUGCUGCGCGCGCUGCUCGCGAGCACGGACCGCAUCGUCCAGGAGAUUGACAGCGUGGAGUACGGCCUGACGGACAUCCAGGAGUACUACGCCAACACGGGGGCCAUGAAGGCCGCCGCCGAAACGCUGCGCGACGGCAAGAAGACGCAGUGUUCGAUCGUGGAGAGCUUCGGGAAGGACCUGACCGCGCGUGGCUUGGACCAGACGCUGCGGCUGGAGUACCGGGCCAAGCUGCUGAACCCCAAGUGGGCGCAGAAAAUGGCGGCGCAGGGGUCGGGGGGCGCGUUCGAGAUCUCGCAACGCAUGACCGCGCUGGUCGGGUGGGGGGGGACCGCGGACUUCAAGGAGGACUGGGUGUACGACCAGGCGGCGGAAACGUAUGCAUUGGACGCCGAAAUGGCAGCCAUGCUGCGGAAAGCAAAUCCUCAGGCGUUCCAGAACGUGGUGCGGCGUAUGCUGGAAGCCGCAGGCCGCGGGCUGUGGAACGCAGACCCGGAAACCAUCGAAAAGUUGCAGGAGAUCUAUGCGGAAAUGGAAGACGAGCUGGAGGGGGUGGUCAAGAAGUGAUCAACUCUUCUCCAAACGUGGGCUCGCGGGUGGUUCUCUAACCCGCGAAGUAACGGUGCACGAUAAUGUGCUCAAAUUGUCCUGAAUUCUGAUCAGAGAUCAAUAAAAUAGUCAUAGAUAAGCACCUUGUUUCGGAUAGCUUUUGCUUCACCUCGGCGCCAAUCUUGAGUCACGAACAGGUUGUACGUCCUUAAGUUUGAGCUGUUUUAUGUACAGGGUAAGCUAGGAAAGCUAGAUCUAUGCAGGUUUGUGGCAACUCUAGAGAGUGUGGCAAUGCUACACAGCCAGAGGUGGCGUACAUGAGUACUGGCUGCGAGACUAUUUUUAUUGCCUUCAUGUGUUCCGAGUUGAAAUUAU